GCUCCAAAACUGUGACGUCACCGUUACGCCCGUUUCGUGUGGACGGCCAUUUUUGAAUCUCCACACAGUAGUUUCGUCGAAGUUUCCAGUAAAGAGACCGGAGCAAAAUAUAUCUGACGCAAAGGCUUUCUACGGGAGAAUUGUGACGAUUUCAGGAGAGAUAACCUGCCAAGCUGCUACAGGCAGAAAUUCAUUCUCAUUUAUUGGGACAACAACAAAACACACAAGAUGCCUAAAACAACUAAUGUUCGGGUGACGACGAUGGAUGCUGAGCUGGAGUUUGCCAUCCAGUACAACACAACCGGCAAACAACUCUUCGAUCAGGUUGUGAAGACAAUAGGCCUUCGGGAAAUUUGGUAUUUUGGUCUAAGAUUUACAGACACUGAUAACUACUCCACAUGGCUUAAAUUAAACAAAAAGGUUGCAUCUCAGGAUGUCAUGAAGCAGGAGCCACUCCAGUUCCAAUUUAGAGCCAAAUUUUUCCCUGAAGAUGUUGGAGAAGAGCUCAUCCAAGAAGUAACAAGGCGUUUGUUCUUCUUGCAAGUGAAGGAAGCCAUCUUGAAUGAUGAUAUUUAUUGCCCACCAGAGACUUCAGUUCUCCUUGCCUCAUAUGCUGUCCAGGCCAAGUAUGGGUCCUAUGAUGGUAAAAAACACAAGGCUGGUUUCCUGUCCAAUGACCGCAUUCUCCCAUCAAGGGUGAUGGAUCAACACAAGAUGGACAAGGUUCAAUGGGAGGAGAGAAUUGUCAACUGGUACAAGGAACACAAAACAAUGAUGAGGGAGGACGCUAUGAUGGAAUACCUUAAGAUUGCUCAAGAUCUGGAGAUGUACGGAGUCAAUUACUUUGAUAUCAAGAACAAGAAAGGCACGGGUGUAUUUCUUGGUGUCGAUGCCCUUGGCCUUAACAUUUAUGAGAAGAGUGAUAAGCUCUCACCAAAGGUUGGCUUCCCAUGGAGUGAAAUCCGUAACAUCUCAUUCAAUGACAAGAAGUUUGUUAUUAAACCAAUUGACAAGAAAGCACCUGACUUUGUCUUCUAUGCCCCACGGCUACGCAUCAACAAGCGAAUCUUGGCGCUAUGUAUGGGCAACCAUGAGCUGUACAUGCGCAGACGUAAACCAGACACGAUUGAGGUACAGCAAAUGAAAGCACAGGCUCGGGAGGAUAAACUCAACAAACAGACAGAGCGAGCCCAGCUUCAGAAAGAGGCAGAAUUACGCCAGAAAGCCGAGAAGGAGAAGGAAGAAUUAGAGAAGAGAUUUGAGAUGUUUGAGAGACAGCAUCAAGAGGCAUUAGAAGCUGUCCAGAAAGCCAACCUGACUGCUCAAGAGCUGUCUGAGCAGAAAGCCCAAGCAGAGAGAGAAGCUUUUGAGAUCGAGCAACGCCGUCUUGAACUUGAGAAACAGAACCUGCAGGAAGAGAAGGAGUUGAUCCGUCUACAGCAUGAGAAAGAAGAAGAAGCAAUGGCUAGACAUGAGACGGAAGAACGAUUAAGGCAACAGGAAGAGGCACAUCGACAAAUCCUGGAGGAAAGUGAACGCAAGAAGAUGGAAGCUGAGGAGUUAACUCAGAGGUUGGCCGCCGCUGAGGAGGAGAAACGUUUACAGUCGCUGGCUUAUGAGGAAGCUCUGGCAUCUGCCCACAAGACCAUGCCUAAAGAAGAGGAAGUAGAAGAAGCUGAUAUGCUGAUUGAUCAUGAGAUGCGUUUAGAUCAAUCUGAGCUGGAACGAGUGACUAAUGCUGAGAAGAACAAGAGACUCCAAGAGCAGCUCGAUAUGCUGAAGAUUGAAUUAAAAGAGACUCAGGAUUCCAAAUUUCAGACAGACAAUGAUAAACUCCACCAGGAGAACGUCAAAGCAGGAAGAGAUAAGUACAAGACCCUUAAGCAGAUCCGCCUGGGAAAUACCAAGCAGAGAGUAGAUGAAUUUGAGAACAUGUAAAUGCUAAACAAACAAACUCAGAAGAAAACCUUGUUGUACAUGACACAUUGUAUUAAGAGAUCCUCAGCUUUUCCACCCAGUGCCAAUGAUUUCAACUACCACUUUGCCAUUUUCAAUAUCAUUGGUUUGGAUUUAUUUGAAACCAUCAUUGCACUUCUGGUGUGUAUUUUGCCAAUGUAGGUUGCACUUUGGAAGGGACUAGGAGGCCAUUAUCACACGGCAGCCAUCUUUGAUAUGGUCUUUUUAGAAUCUUGGGCCGUAAUCAAAUUGGCGUUUACAGCUAUAGCUGUUGUUAAGGGUGUUGCUAUGGUUGGUGUAUACUUGUACGCAUGAUGACGCAGAUAUCUAGCAGUAGCCUUAGCUUUACAUGUUAGCUGCCCAUGUUAGCUUUACAUGUUAGCUGCCCAUGUUAGCUGCCCAUGUUAGCUGCCCAUGUUAGCUUUACAUGUUAGCUGCCAAUUCGGACACGGCAUUACAUCCAUGCUGAGGAUAGAAGCAAAACCAUCUGGUUCCUGUGCAUGAAUGAAUAAGAAUCAUGGUGUGUAUUUAUUGAUGCGUACAGACGAACGAGGAACCAGACCAAUAUGGCUGCAGUGUGGUAAUGGUCUAUUUGUGUUGUGUGAACAAUAAGCACUGUGGUGGAAUCUGUUGGCUUGUACACACAAUUACAGUUAGACUCAACUUGAAUUCUAUGCCUGUUAUCGGUGCUUAUUAAUCAACCACCCGUGUGAAGUCCAUUGUGAGCCUUGUCUGUUAACAAAAACAUGCAUGGAUUUUUUUAAUAGAAAGAAUUUAAUUACAAUGCUUGACUGUUUUUAAAACAAUUUGUCAUCAGUCAAGGCUUGUCGUGGACUGGUCAUGAGGAACUUUGUGUUGUUACUUUUUAUUAAUUCAUUUUAGUUGAUUUCAUGAUAAUGUUAACCCAGAAAUUAUAAAUCAAGUCGUUAGUUAUUUUGUUGUGUUUAUACUGGGUCCCCCACGCAAAUUACUUCCAAAUAUAUAUUUAAAAUAUUAAAUAAAUAUCAGAGUUAUGAUAGAAGGUACUUAGACUGGAAAGUCAUUUUGUUUGUUUAUGUUUUUAGAGGCAUUUUUGUUUUGUUUAAAAAAAACCUGUGUAUAAACUUAUCUACCACUAUUACUGCAGUAGCAACAUCUGUGCACAUACCGCGCUUUUAUUUUAUGGCAUUUUGUGAAGUAUCAGUAGCACCAAUUGGGUUGGGAUUCAGUGCCCAUGUAGGAAUUCUUGUUGACUAAGAAAUGGGUUAACGUUGUCAUUUGUAGAUCUGUUUUAUGAGUACUCUGAAGCUUGAAGCAUAUAUUAUUCUUAUCUACAUGUAGCUUGGGCAAAUUGUAUCCAAUAAGAAAUCUUUGUCCUUUGUAAUCCAACAAACCCAUCCCAAUCCACACCUCCAAGGGCAAACUAAUCCUGAUCUUGUUGCCAAUUCCAUUCUUAGUAAAUGCCCAAACCACUGCAAUCCUGAUAACAUGACUUUUGCAUUACUGAAGCAAUUAAAAAUGGAGAGAAAAAAAGUGAAAGAGUUUAUGGAGGUUUAGUUAGCCGUAUCAGUGAUAAUCAAGCACUUUAUUACUCAAUAUAUAGGCCUACAAGAUACAAUGGAAUUGUGGUUCAGUUUGUUGUCGUGUCGUGGGGGAGAAGUUUACGUUGCCUCAAAAAGUUUGUUAUAAGCACAUGCCAAAAAUCUUGAUUGCCUUAUUACUGUCAUUUGUUAGGUUGCUGUACAUAAUGCGAUGUGAAAUGACAUUUCUGGCAAUGAAUGCAAAGAAAUGUAUUGAGAUAUUUUACAUGAAUGAAGUGCCUUGACUUGUUAGCUUUAUCUCAAAGGCUUCUUAAUAACUGCUUUGAAACACAUGCAUCUUUUGCCAAGCAAUGGUUUAAUACACAUAAAACUGGAGUUGUUGGGCCUCUAUGUGGCAGCAGACUAACAGUAAGGUUUUUGAAAAUGCACUAGUUCGCAAAUGCAUUUUACACGCGCCCCGCGUGUUAGCCAUAAAAUGAGGUGCAUGCUGGUCUAGAUAUACCAAAUAGUCAUAAUCUGGACCAACAUGCACCUCAUUUUACGACUAGAAGUCCUUACGGGUUUGUGUGCUGCCACCUAUCUUCAAAAAAGUCUCCAGCAAAAGUUGAACCUAAGAUUGUAGUGAGUUACCUGUCUAAUGUUAAAGUGCCACACGUUGUCUAUUAGGGUGAGUUUGCUUUUGUGUUUUUACAUUUCCUUUUUGAAUUGAUAAAUGUGUAGAAAAAAGUAUCACUUUAAUAAAAUAAAAUAAAACUUGUUUUCUUUUUUUAUUUGUUAUCACGUUUAGCCUAUUAUUCCCUAUAUAAAAUAUUUUCUAAGAAAUUUAUACCUGUUUGGGCAUAAUCAAAAUAAUUAUAGGUUUAAAUAUUCUGUUUUAAUUUUGCUUCGAAAUAUGGAUUGGAAAAAGUAAAAAAAAGUGUAGCAAUAUAGGCAGGCGGUUUGUAUAUUUUAGAGAUCAGAGAGAUAAAAUCCAAGGGAAAUAUCAGUAAUGGAGUGUUCCUUUCUGUUGUUGAGUUUGGAUUCGGGUAUUAAAACCAAUCAAUUAAAGCCGUAAGAGCCAAUUAUUUAUUAUUCUUGGAUUAAACAAUCAAAGUGGGAAAUAUUCAUCCUGCAUGGAAAUUUGCGAGUGUGUGGCGUAGGUUUGGGAUCAAGCAUAAUUAACAGCAGACGUAUGUUUAGAAAUACAAGCAAGGAGUUUUUGUUCUUCUAGUUUAUGAUUCAUGUACCCUCAUGGCUGUUUCAGUACUCAACAAUUUUAAAAAAUGCCAUCUGCUGCUUUAUUGUAACUAGAUUAUUAUAAAAAAAACAAAGAAAGACAAAAAAAAAA